AUGGCUCUUAAAUCGGAAAAGUCAGUGGAGGUCGUAACUAUCGCGCAUUCAGAGACAGCAUCGAUUAUUCGCGCCGACGAUGCAAAACUUGCAGAACUGGGGUACAAGAGCGAAUUCCGACGUGAAUUCUCGCUUCUCGAAACAGUGGCCUUCGCGUUUUCGAUCAUGGGAGUCAUCGCCAGUGUGACUUCUACGUUGUCGUUUGGCCUUGUAAAUGGUGGCCAUGUUGGCCUGGUGUUCGGCUGGUUCAUCCCAUGUUGUUUCGUUAUGUUCGUGGCAUUGUCCAUGGCAGAACUCUCCUCGUCAAUGCCAACCAGCGCCGGUCUCUACUACUUCUCAGCGAAGCUUGCUCCACCAAAGUACGAAGGUAUUUCCAGCUGGAUUACGGGAUGGGCGAACGUAACUGGGCAAGUGACUCUCGUCUGCGGGAUUGACUUCACCUGUGCCCAAAUGAUUACGACCGCCAUUGCCGUCAAUACAGACGGUGCUGUCAUUAUUUCGUCUGGCGCGACGUAUGGGAUUUUAUUGGCCAUCCUGUUCUCUCAUGGGGUCGUCUGCUCCGCGGCCACCAGUAUUCUGGCCAAGUUGAAUAUUUUCUACGUGAUAGUCAACGUGGGUACAACGAUUGCUGCCAUUGUAUCACUCCUGGUUCUAUCCGACGGAAAUAGGGCCUCUACCUCAGAUGCCUUCACCCUAUUCGAAAAUAGUUCGGGAUGGGAAAACAACGGAUGGGCGUUCAUGCUCGCUUUCACUUCCCCAAUGUGGACGUUGACAGGAUACGAUUCUGCUGCCCAUAUUUCUGAAGAAACCGCAAACGCCUCUCGUGCAGCCCCAAUCGCCAUUAUGUGUUCAGUGAUAGGCACAGCAGCUCUAGGAUGGCUCACCCUCAUUGCUGUGUCGUUUGCUGUACCCUCGGUCAGUGAUCUUCUUGCGACUGACCUUCCUCUACCCAUGGGCCAGGUCUUCCUUAAUGUCCUUGGUAAACGGGGUAUGCUAGCGAUUUGGUCCCUAAUCAUAGUUGUUCAAUACGUGACUGGUGCCGCCCAGGCCGUUGACGCGUCGAGAGUCGUGUUCGCAUUCGCCCGCGACAAUGCCCUGCCGGGCUCGCGCUACUGGAAGAAGGUGAAUCGCUACACCCAGACUCCGGUGAAUGCAGUAUGGUUUGUCAUCGGAGUCUCGGCGGUCUGUGGGGUGCUGGGGUUCUCCGAGACGGCGCUGACGUCUCUUGCUGGGUCUGCCGUGAUUGGCCUUUAUACGUCUUAUGCAGCCCCAAUUUUCCUUCGUAUUACCUCCGGAAGGGAUAGACUAAUUCCGGGACCCUUCAGUCUGGGACGCUGGGGAGUGCCUGUUGGCGCUAUCGCUGUCGCGUGGGUGACCUUCAUUGUGGUCAUGCUGCUAUUCCCACCGAGCCAUACAACCACGGCAGAAGACAUGAUCAUCAUCAUGGCUGUCUUCGUCUUCGCCUCCGUCUCCUGGGUACUUUCAGCGCGGAAGUGGUUCCACGGACCCGUUCGAAACAUAGACGAAGUGGACAGUAUAAAUUCUGCUGAGCAGAAGACGGCCUAA